UGUUGCACCGGUUUCCGGCGUGUUUCUGAAUGUCCAUAUAUGGUGUUGUAGCACGGCGCACGUGAGCCCAGACGCGCUGUCAAUCAGAUGACGCAACAGGCGUGACAGACUGACGCUCGUUUAGUAAACAGAAAUAUAAUUUUUCACCGAAAUAGUUUAUUAUUAAUGUUCACCGAUAGCUUAUUAACCAUAAGCCUGUAUUUACUGUCUCUGAAAUCAAAAUGAAGGAAUAUAUCCUCACAAUUCUGAACACAUCAUAUACAACCAUGAAAAUAAUCGAUAAUAACAAAUCAAAUCUCGAUAAACAUAAGGAUUUUAAAACAUUAAUAGAAGAGAACAAAAGGAGAAAGAAAAUAUAGAUCUUAGAACUUCUGGCAAAUUUCUGGUAAGGUUAAUAGAGCGUGUGUUUCAUGUGAUCUGGUCAUUAUUAAAAGCGCAUUAUUUACAUCCUUCACGGAACUUUUUCCGAAGUUUUAGUUGGACUUUCGUGUUUUUUAAAGGAACAUUCAGAAGUAGUUCUCACAAUGUUCACAAAAUGCUGAAAUGUAAUGUUCCCUAAAUGUUUAUAACCAAGACAAAAAAGUAAAAAAAACCAAAAAACAUUCUGAAAUAAUUUCUUCAUAACGUAAUGCUGGGGAACGUUAGCAAUAUGUUCUUAGAGCAUAUUUAUAUUUAUGUGAGCUUUAUAUAUAUUCAUCAGCAAAUAACCUGUCAUACAGGAUGUGCAUUAUAAUCAAUAGAUUUAAGGAUGCAUUUAAGUAAUUUACAGUUAUUUAUUUAUUUAUUUAUUUUGCUUUGUUAUGUCUUAUUGCUCAGAUCUAAUGCAAGUUACUUUAUUGUUUCUUAAUUUAUUAUUUUUAAACUUAUUUAAAUGUAAAAACUGUAUUGAUAUAAUUUAUUUUUACUUAUUUAAAUGUUCUAUGUUCUUCUUUCUCUCCUGUUAUGUAUAUAGUGACCUAUUUCUGUUUUAAAAGGAGGCAUUUUUGUGAUGCCCAUUAAGAUUUGUGAAUAAGAAAUUAUGUUAUUAUAUAUAAUAAGCGAAUUUUAUAAUGUACCUAAAUUUUAAAUUGAACUAAAACAUCUUUUGUUGUUGAGUUGUAAUUCAGUGUUUUUAUUAUUUUUAAUAAAAAAAGGCAAAUAAUACCAGAGUAAUUGUGUAUAAAUACAAUCGUGGACCUUUAGUUUGCUAAUUAUUUGCAUAUAUACAUUUGAAUACAAUAUAAUUAUUCUUAUAAAUAUACUAAAUUUAAUAAUUUUAGGCGAGUUAUCGAUCACUGUAUCCCGUAACGCCCCGCCCCUCUCUCUAAAGCCCCGCCCCCACUGACAGAGCGCACGAAUGAUUGACAGGCAGAGACUUCUUCUGAUUGGAGGAGCGGCUGUCACUCACAGAGACAGGUGUGUUUCUCGGUAGCGAAAGUUUAUUUGCGAUAUUAAAAUCUACUUUCCGCAGAUCGAAUACGACGGUAGGCUUUUAUUUCACCUCAGCACAUGUAAAAUUACUUUUCAUAAACAUCAGCACGAAUCAGUGUAAAAAGGCGUCGGUUGAUUCCUGUCAGUCAGCGAAAUUCCCGCGCCGACCGAACGAAGCGCGUUUAUUCGUGAGGAAAACCGCAGGCGGUGAAAUGAAACUUCCCUCGCCGGAACCGCGAGCAGGAAAGGCUGGAAAAAGCGGAAAUAAACAGUCGCUGAAAGAGGAACUGCAGUUAUGGGCGGAAUAGGAGACUAGUGCGUACUAGAAACAACGAGACGAGCCGCACUCGUGUGAGUGAGGAUGUGGAUCACUCCUGAAGAAGUGGCGCUGAAAAACGCGCUCAAGCUCUGGGUGACGGACAGAUCCAACGAUUAUUUCCUUCUGCAGCACCGACGAGGACAUGGAGACACGGGGGGCAAAAUCACAGGUUUGCUGGUGGGAGCGCUGGACACAGUGUUGGACUCGAAUGCGCGCGCGGCCCCGUUCCGGAUCGUUCUGCAUGUUCCGGGGUCACAGGUCAGCUGGGUCAUAGCCAGCGGAGCCACGAUAGAGGAGGUGCAGAAACACUGGAAAUGGCUGGAUCAGAACCUGCUGCCGUACAUGGCCGUGUUUGAGAAUAAAGAAGACGCUGCCAGUUUUGUACAGGGCAAAGUGAAGGGUUUAAUCGCUGAGGAGGUUUUGGGCGGCCAGGCUGCUCGGGAGGAUGAUCCGGCACGCUUCCGGGAAGAUCUGGCGCGGUUCGAGCAGCGCUUCGGCCUCCCUCAGCGAGAGAAACUGGUGACGCAUUACUCCUGCUGCUGCUGGAAGGGUCGAGUACCGCGCCAGGGCUCACUGUACCUCACCACCAACCACAUCGCCUUCUACUCCUUCCUACUGGGCAAAGAGGUGAAGCUGUUAGUCCCGUGGGCGGAAGUGACGCAGCUGGAACGUGUGUCGGUGGGUUUGCUGACGGACGUGAUCCGUGUUCACACCAGGCGGAAAACGAGGGAUUUCUCCAUGUUUCUGAACGUGGAUGAGGUGAUGAGGGUCAUGUGUCAGCUGGCUGAUAUCGCUCUCCGCAGGCUGCUGGACAGCGGUGGACUCACGCUCGACCAGUCGCUGCUGGAGUCCACCAACAUCACCAAGAGGGUGUUGGAGGAACAGGCUCUCAGGCAGUAUGUGCUCUCUCUCUUUGGCUUGCCACGGGCCGAGCGUCUGCAGGAAGUGAUGUCAUGCUCGGUUUGGACUCCUCACGCCCGCUGCCACACACCGGGCACCGUGUACACCACAGACGGGUAUCUGUGCUUCAGCAGCCGUGAGGAGGGCCAGUGUACUCUCAUCAUACCCCUCGCAGAGAUCCUCUCCAUUGAGAAGGCGGAGAGCACCAGCGCUCUUCCUAACCCCGUCAUCAUCAGCGUCCGCUGUAAGCGAGCGUUCCAGCUGAUCGAGCUGCUGCAUCGGGACGAGCUGGUGGAGAACAUCAGGCACCGGCUCCGUGAUCUGCACUGGAAACAGAACCUGAUCCGCGGACACGACCAGCGCAGGAAAUCCACAAUCUCCACCACACCAUACUACACCUUCUGUUACGACACCGUCCAAUCAGACGAAGAGGACAGCAGCGUCAUCAUCUCUGAUAAAGCUCUGCGUCACACCGUCCACACGGACCUCAUGUCCACAUUCCACCCCAGCCAAUCAGACGCUCCAAACAAGACCUGUAACAUGGAGCAGAUUCGAGAGCGUUUGUGGGAGGAUCACUUCACUGAGUUCGGUCGCGGCGUUCACAUGUUCCGCACGGAUAAAAUCCGUAAGCUGGUGGCGCUGGGGAUCCCCGAGUCUCUGCGCGGAGAGCUGUGGCUCAACUUCUCCGACGCGUGUUCCUCGCUGGCAGCUCAUCCCAACUACUACACGGAUCUGCUGGAGAGAUGCAGAGGAGAAACCAGCACCGCCACAGAGGAGAUCGAGCGAGAUCUGCACCGCUCGCUGCCGGAGCAUCCGGCCUUCCAGAACGAGACGGGAAUCUCAGCGCUGCGCCGUGUGCUGACCGCCUACGCCUUCAGAAACCCAGCCAUCGGCUACUGCCAGUCCAUGAACAUCCUGGCGUCUGUGAUGCUCUUGUACACUAAAGAGGAGGAAGCCUUCUGGCUGCUGGUCACUGUGUGUGAGCGGAUGCUGCCCGACUACUUCAACCGCAGGGUCAUCGGAGCUCAGGUGGAUCAGUCGGUGUUCGAGGAGCUGAUCCGCGAGCGUCUGCCGGAGCUGUCCGAGCGUGUUCCUGACCUCUCUCCGCUGGCGUCGGCGUCGCUCACGUGGUUCCUGACGCUGUUCCUGAGCGUCCUGCCCUUCCGCAGCGCUCUGUGUGUCCUCGACUGCUUCUUCUACCACGGCAUCAGAGCCGUCUUCCAGAUCGCACUCGCGGUGCUGGACGCCAACUCUGCUGAGCUGAGCACCUGCAGCGACGACGGACACGCGCUCAUGAUCCUGACCAGUUUCCUGGAGCAGGUCAGACACGAGGAGGAGUCAGACGUUUGUCCUGAAGAUGCAGGAGCUUCUCCUCAUCUGAACAUCACCACGCUCAUCACUGACGCGUACGAGAAAUUCAGCGGAGUGAUGGUGAAGCACGUGGAGAUGCUGCGAUGCCGUCACCGCGUUCAUGUACUGCAGGCGCACGAGGACACCACCAAAGACAACGCACUGCGGUUGGUCACACCGGACGUGUCUCUGUCGCAGGAGGAUCUGUCGGAGCUCUACGACCUCUUCAAGACGGAGCACUUCAUCAGUCUGUACUGGGGCGAGGGCGUCUGCGCCUCCUCGUCUGCGUCUGCGUCUGCGUCUGCGUCUGCGUCUGCGGCCGGCUGCACCGAGCGCUAUGUGGUGGAUCGAGCUCAGUUUAAGAGUCUGUAUGAGCUGCUGACGCCGUGGAGCUGUGGGACACACACGGACACCGUCGCCCAGCGCGCCUUCACCCUGCUGGACCAGGACCGAGACGGCCUCGUCACCUUCUCCCAGUUCGCUCAGAUGCUGGACGUUCUGUUCUGUGCGGAGCUGAGCGAGAAGAUCCGGCUGCUGUAUCGCCUGCACAUCCCUCCAGCUCUGAGCGAGGACGCAGAAGACUCGUCUCCUCUGAAGAGUCCAGUGUUGUCCAGCACCAGGCCUCUCUAUGUCAACCUGCCCAACGGAGAGAGGAAGAGUUAUGAAGAGCAGCUGCAGCAGAUGCUUCUGGACCUGAGCAGAGGGAAGGAGAAGAACGAGAAGCCUCUUCCUCACAUGAACCAGCACCAGUUCAUCCAGUUCUGUAAGACGCUCUACAGCAUGUUUCAGGGCGAUCCGGACGAGGCCGAGCUCUUCCAGGCCAUCGGGAUGGUGGCCAGCCUCGUGCUGCAGAUCGGAGAGGCUCAACAGAGCGGCCAGAGCCGGAGCGAGGAGCACUGGUCAGCCAGCUUCGAGCAGAUCCUGGCCUCCUUACUGACCGAGCAAGUGCUGGUCAACUUCCUGGAGCGGCCCGUGGAGCUGAGCGUUAGAAUCAGCGCCGCCAAGCCCCGGCAGUAUCAGGAGCGCGCCGGGCUGCUGAUGAUCUCGCCCUGAGCCUGACCAAACCCAGACCCACGUCUGUACAAUCCCAUGAUGCCGCUGGGGUGAGCCGGCCUCCCCUCAGCUGAAGCUGCGUGUGUUUAUCAGUAUUCCAACGCGUUACUCUCACGUCUGCAGCACACUUUACUUUGCAGAUUUUAAGUAAAUACCAAGUGAGUUCAGUCUGAGUGGAUUGAACUGUUUACACGUUGCUGACCGUAUGAACAAGACUCACAUGAAGGAAAUAUUGAGCGUUAUUAUUAUAACUGUUCCAGCAGCUGAGCGAUUCUGAAUCAUGAACACCAGAUGAACCUGAUUCCUGCUCAAAUGCUGCAGCGUUGUGUGUUUUAGUCAUUUUAUUAUAUUUACACUGUGAAACACGUUCUUUCUAGAUUUUAUUUUUAUUUUUGUCUUGUUUUCCUGUAGAAAUAUCUAAACAUUCUUAAGUCAAUAAACAUUUACUGGAGAAGGAAAAUAAACAUGUUUUCUGAAAAAUAAUCAAAAUGAAAGAAGCCCAUUUCUGCCACUUAAUACAAAAUAAAGAAAAGGUCAUUAUGACUUUUACUUCAGAAUUCUGAUAUAAACUCACAAUUUGUCAGAAAAGUUGUUUUGUUUUCCUCCUUAAGAAUCUGACUUAACUCGCAGUUUUGAGUUUAUCUCACAAUCCUGAUUUUUUUUAAAAAAAGGUCAGAAAUGGUUACCUUUAUUUUUCUUCUGUGUUGGAAACAAGCUUCUUUAUAAAAUGAAGUGCAUUUUUGCUUCAAACAUGAAAAAACAUCUGCCAGUCGGGUAAUAAAAGUAACAUUCUUUUCCCUUUGAAUAAAGUUGACUAGAUUUGUUUUUAGAUUUAACUUUUUUUUCGCAAAAGCUCACUUAAAUUUGAUACAUUUUUCAGAAAACAAGACUUGACAUUAAUUUUGUAUCUCCAGUAAAUCCUGAAUUAAGAGUGUUUAGAUAUUUGCACUGAGAAACAAGACAGAAACACAGAGGAAGAACAUCAUUUUUGCAGCGUGUUAUUUAAAAUAUGCAAAGUAAAGCAUGUUUGUUGAUCAUCUGUACUAGAUACUGACACUUUCUGAACAAACUGAUCCAGUUUCAUCACUUUCAGCCUCUGAAUGACUGGUGUGUGAACAAACCUUGUGUAAUUUGUUAGUACAUGUAUUUGCCCGAUUUUUCUUUAAACGCACCUCUCAGAUCUAUAAAGUGCCUUAAAAACCAUACGACUGAUCCUCAGCCAGCUUUACUGUGCCACAGAAACUCAAACAUUGUGAAAUCCAAAGGGACCAUGUUUCAUUCUGAUUUGAAGCUGACGGUGCUGUGAGAAUCAAGCAUCCAGUUACUGAUCAAAUACUGCGGUUACGACUGUCUUAACAGAAGAUGGAACAUGUAGCAUUAGAUAUUUAUGAUUAGAUCGUGUGAAAUCCUGUACAAUCGCACCUCGAGCCUUCCUGAAUGAACGAGCACAGCUUUAAACGAGUUAUUUUCUGCACAGAGUUUACAUGUUCUGUAUGUUUUACUGCUGAUUUUAUUCUCUACAGUCUGAUCUCAAUACUUACACAUGCCACAAAACUCAUCUGACAAGAAAUAAAUCAUCCACAACAGAA